UGGACUGCAUGUUCCCUGUUAUUAUUCUUGCAGUGACCUCACUGAGUUGCAAUGUAUAAAGUCCACUCUCAGGAACUAUACAAAGAACAAGCUCAGUAGGUAGAAAAACAUUUCAGUCUUGGGCUUGGGCUUUGUCUUUCUUUCUGGCUAAGGCCUGGGGUGACUUACCUGCAACAUGAAGGGAUUUGUCAGGAUUGUUGUGCUGUGCUUAGCUUUAAGCAUGGGUAUUUGCACAGAAGAUACAAACCAAAAUAACACUGCCAGUCAGGUACCAGAAGAAGACUCGUCAGACUGGGGCAUUGGUACAAUUAGAGAUGGAUUUGAGGCAGUUAAUGGCUAUUUUGACUCCUUUCUGGAACUACUGGGAGGCAGGAAUGGUGUGUGCCAGUACAAAUGUCGAUAUGGUAAAGCCCCACUGCCCAGGCCGGACUACAAGUCUCCUGAACCCAAUGGCUGCAGUUCUUAUUUUCUUGGUCUCAAGGUACCAGAGAGUAUGGAUUUAGGUAUCCCAGCAAUGACAAAAUGCUGUAACCAACUGGAUAUCUGCUAUGAUACGUGUGGGGCAAACAAAUACCGCUGUGAUGCCAAGUUUCGCUGGUGUCUGCAUGCUAUCUGCUCUGACCUCAAAAAAAGUCUGGGAUUCGUCUCCAAGGUGGAAGCAUGUGAGUCAGUGGCAGACACAGUUUUUAACACCGUUUGGACUUUGGGAUGUAAACCCUUCAUGAACAGUCAGAGAUCAUCCUGUAUCUGUAAUGAAGAGGAACGAGAUGAGCUCUAAGAGCCGGUGACCUCUGGACUUGUAUUACUACACAGUUUAUCAGCUGAUCUGUACAGAAAGUUGCAGUUCUAUCCACUUUAUUUCCAACAUGAACUUACAGUUCUAUACAGCUCUGCCUCCUUCAUUAGUCUAUUAACUGAACAUUAUGGGACUGCACAUGACAACACCUCCAGACUCUGAAGACCAUGGGGGUACUGCAGAGUUUGAAAGCAAUCAUUCAGUUGUUCCAUUUUGUGAACUUUUACUUUAGGAUGGAAGACUAAAGUUUCUUUUUCUUUUUAAGGCAUUAUACAGCUCAAGAUGGGCAAAUCUGAGUUAUACAAAGACUGGGGAUAACUGAUUGUUUUGAGGGAGGGAAAAUAAAUGCAAGAUAGCCAUAGUUUGUUAAAGGGAAUAUAUCAAACAGAAAUGUUUAGCAUCCAGAAACUCACAGCAUAUUUUUUACCUCUUACUUUUCAUGGUAGGACACAUACAGAAUAUUGUCCUAAUUCAGAUGCCCCCUUUAUAGGUUAUAAUAUAUUUUGCAUUCAGAGAAGGUGCCUUCUAUUACCUAUUGUUUUUGUGGAUUCUCUAUUCUUAUAAAUACAUUUUGUUAGAACAGUUGUCUCAACCAUUCCCUCUUACUAUCACCACUAUUUAACUAUAAGUAAGGGUCAAUAUGUUCUACAACAAGGUUGUCCAAUAGGAGGCUCGUGAGUCGGAAAUUGUUUUUAUGGCCCCCAGUCUUCUCAAGGGCUACAGAAACUUUGCAUGAUAUUAUUUUAAUGUAAUCCACCCCUCAAACAUACUGUACAGUAAGACAAAUCAUCUCCCUACUACCUAUCAGAAGUUGCAGAGUGCUGCUCCACAAUGGUUUUUGUCUGUGGCUGUAGCUGUCAUACAUGUAUCUUUCUGUACAGGCUAUGAGCAAUUGUACAGGUUUCUUUCCACUGCUAUGCGUGGACUCCUCUAUCUUAUAAUGGCAUAUUACACAAGGCUGAAUCCAAAUAGAGAACCAACAAAUUCAUAAAAGCAAGCAAAAACAAAUCAGGCAGUAAAUUAUUAUAAAUUCCCCUGUUACAAUUGUAUUUAGAAUAACAGAAAGGAAAUAAUAUAAAGUUAAUUGGCACAUUUAUUUCUACUCUUUGGCUGGAUUAUAACAAAAAUCGUAUGAAUAUGGUAGUAGCCUUGGGAACCCUAUUUGGGAUUUAAUGUUAACCAUUGCCUUGCCAGGGUACAGAUAACAGGGUACAGUCCCUCCAUCACAUUCAGAUCUUGCAUGCAGUUUAGUUUGCCUUUUAUGUUCAGGUGCUAUGCUUGAUAAUGGUUAGUUAGCCUAGUAGUAUUCUUAAAUGUAAAAUGUAGUGAAUGCUUUCAAAACACAGUGCACAGUAUCUCUGAUCUUUCUUAGGGUUUUAGCUCAGCCAUGACCCUUAUACUUACCAGAGGGUUCCAUACCAUUUAGUGGAUAGACCAUAGCAGCUAUUGGUGUGCCAAACUCAGUAACAUCAGUAGAGUGGUUGGGGACAGAGCAGCUGGAUGGAUCUGGCACAGACUCAAAGGGCAAACAUAUGCUCCUUAGUGAAGAGACAUAUCUUUUUGAAUUCCCCCUAUAAAGCCUAAACAAGUAAAUUUUAUCUCUGAAAUAAAUUGUCCCUUCCCUCUUUAAUAAAUAUAAUCUUAGAGAGAGAGAGCUUUUUGAGCAUUCGUGAUAGGCUUAGUACCAUUUUACUACUCUCUCAAAAAGUUUAAGUUGCAUUUUUAUACUCAUAUUCUGCAUUUUAUUCUGCUGACUACCAAUGCGGUAAUCAUUAAUAAAACAGAAAGAUAGAGGCUAUCUCGCUCCUUAUCCAUCUCUUUACAACCUAUUGCAUCAUGCGAAUAAUAUGUUAUUACUCAACUGAAUGCUUUUUGCAGCAGUCAUUUAUUUUACGUAGGCCAAGUUCUACAUGACCCAGAUGUGUUUUCAUACCAGGCAACAAUUAUAACUUCAGUCCUUGCUCUGUUUACAGCAGCCCCUCUGGCAUUUGCCAGAACCUACAGAUUGCCGGUCUGGGUCUGUUAGCCGUAUUAACAGCUGUUAAUGUUCUGUCAGUCCUCUGUAUAUGAAAGAGAAGCAUGUAUGAGGGGGGCUUUUCUUUCUCUUUAAUAUAGGAUAAAUGUCUGCUGUUAACUUAUAAUUGUUUAUUAUGUGUUAUCAUUAUUGUUCUUUGGAUAAAGUUGAAAACAAUUACUGAC